GGCCAGCCAUUUUGUAAUAUAACAAAGUGAGAUCACCAAUGGAUUAUAUAACCAUGCUUGUUUUCUGCUUCAUUUCAUGUCUGAUUGUAAGAACAGCCACACGUACUGACACCAUAAACACAGCUCAGUUCAUUAGAGAUGGAGACACUAUAGUUUCAGCUGGUGGGACCUAUGAAUUAGGAUUUUUCACCCCCGAGAAAUCCAGAAACCGAUACUUGGGGAUAUGGUAUGGCAAAAUAUCUGUCCAGACGGCAGUUUGGGUUGCCAACAGAGAAACUCCACUUAACGAUUCAUCAGGUGUUGUAAGGCUUACAAACCAAGGACUUCUUGUUCUUCUCAAUCGUAUUGGAAGCAUCAUUUGGUCUUCCAACACAUCAACACCUGCUAGGAAUCCAGUUGCGCAGCUUUUGGAUACAGGAAACCUUGUUGUGAAAGAGGAGGGUGAUAAUAACAUGGAGAACUCCUUGUGGCAGAGUUUUGAUUAUCCAGGCAACACACUAAUACCGGGCAUGAAGGUAGGACGGAAUAUAAUAACUGGCAUGGAGUGGCACUUGACAUCAUGGAAGUCACAAGAUGAUCCUUCCAGAGGUAAUGUUACAGGCGCCCUUAUUCCUGGUGGAUAUCCGGAGUAUGCAGCGUUGGAAGAUUCAAAGGUGAAGUAUCGAGCUGGGCCAUGGAAUGGCCUGGGGUUCAGUGGCUUGCCUCGGUUAAAACCAAAUCCAAUAUACACAUUUGAAUUUGUUUUUAAUGAUAAGGAGAUAUUUUACAGAGAAAAUCUUGUUAAUAACUCAACGCAUUGGAGAGUCGUCUUAAUUCAGAGUUAUGAUUUCAUGCUCCUUCUGUGGAUGGAGCAAACCCAAAGCUGGUUUCUUUACUCGACAGCAAAUACAGAUAAUUGUGAGCGUUAUAACCUCUGUGGCGCAAAUGGUGUCUGUAGCAUUGACCACUCUCCAGUUUGCGAUUGCUUGAAUGGAUUUGUACCAAAAGUUCCAAGAGACUGGAAGAAGACAGAUUGGUCAAGUGGUUGCGUUAGAAAGACUGCACUAAAUUGUUCCAGAGAUGGGUUUCGGAAGCUCAGAGGUUUGAAGAUGCCGGAGACAAGAAAAUCAUGGUUCAACAGGAGUAUGAACCUGGAGGAGUGCAAGAACACAUGCUUGAAGAACUGCAGCUGUACUGCGUAUGCCAACUUGGACAUCAGGAGUGGAGGAAGUGGUUGCUUGCUUUGGUUCAAUGAUUUGAUUGAUAUGAGAACAUUCCCUCAAAUUGAGCAAGACAUUUUUAUACGGAUGGCUGCAUCAGAACUAGAUAACGGUGACUCUGCAAAGGUUAAUACCAAAUCCAAAGUGAAGAAAAGGAUCAUAGUAAGCUCUGUGUUGUCCACCGGGAUUCUGUUCAUUGGCCUAUGCUUGGUCUUGUAUGUUUGGAAAAAGAAGCAGCAGAAAAACAGAAAAAUGACAGGUAAUUUGCAAAGAAGAUCAAAUAACAAGAACUUGAAGGAAGAACUAGAAUUACCCUUCUUUAACAUGGAUGAGUUGGCUUGUGCAACAAAUAACUUUUCUGUUUCCAAUAAACUAGGACAAGGGGGUUUCGGACCUGUUUAUAAGGGAACAUUAACAGAUGGACGAGAAAUAGCUGUCAAGAGGCUCUCUGAGAAUUCAAGACAAGGACUUGAUGAGUUCAAAAAUGAAGUCAAACAUAUCGUGAAACUUCAGCACCGGAAUCUAGUGAGGCUUCUUGGAUGCUGCAUUGAAAGACAUGAAAAUAUGUUGGUCUACGAGCUUUUGCCUAACAAAAGCUUGGACUUCUAUAUUUUUGAUGAAACUCGAAGCUUGCAACUAGAUUGGCCCAAGCGCUCCAACAUCAUCAACGGGAUUGCUCGAGGACUCCUUUAUCUUCACCAAGAUUCGAGACUAAGAAUAAUCCACAGAGAUCUGAAAACCAGCAAUAUUUUAUUGGAUUACGAAAUGAAUCCAAAAAUCUCAGACUUUGGCCUGGCUAGAAGUUUUGGAGAAAAUGAAACUGAAGCCAAUACCAAUAAAGUGGCUGGAACGUAUGGUUACAUAUCUCCAGAGUACGCAAAUUAUGGGCUCUACUCGCUAAAAUCAGACGUCUUCAGCUUUGGAGUAUUGGUGCUAGAGAUAGUGGGUGGCUGUAGGAGCAGAGGAUUCCGUCAUCCAGAUCACCAUCUCAACCUUAUUGGGCAUGCUUGGAGACUGUUCAAACAAGGCAGGCCUCUGGAACUGGCUACGGGAUCAAAAUUUGAAACACCCUAUUUGUCUGAAGUGCUACGUUCAAUUCACGUGGGGCUAUUGUGUGUGCAAGAAAAUCCAGAAGAUAGACCAAACAUGUCAUAUGUGGUUUUGAUGUUGGGCAAUGAAGAUGAAUUGCCUCAGCCUAAACAACCAGGAUUUUUCACUGAAAGGGAUCUUGUUGAAGCAAGCUCUUCAUCAAGCCAGAGCAAACCACCUUCGGCAAACGUAUGCUCACUUUCAGUGUUAGAGGCAAGAUAGAUUACUUGUAUUUUUAUUCUUAUGAAAACUUGUGUGCUUGUUUUGCUUGGUCGUGAUGUUUGUGAUCGUGUGCUCAUGAAAACUCUGUUGUAUGUUUUCCAUGGCAAGGUUAAUUUCUCGGAAAUUAUUAAUAUUUUUAAGUG